AUGUUAGUGAAAGUUUACGGUCAGGAAGCAGUGAGUAAAAAGUGUGUUUAUGAGUGGUUUAAACGCUUUACAGACGGAAAGGAGGAUGUCAAAGAUGAGCCGCGGUCGGGGCGCCCUACAACAAGCACAACUCCAGACAAUGUGGAACGAGUUCGACGGAUGCUUGCGGCAGAUCGACGACUAUCUUUAAGAAUGAUAGCUGGCGAAUUGCAGAUAAGCCUAGACAGUGUGAGCACCAUUGUGCACAAACAUUUGCAUAAACGUAAGAUAUGCGCCCGGUUUGUACCGCACUCGCUGUCAGACGAGCAAAAGCAAUACCGGAUGGAAACCUCUGGAGAUUUUAUCGACAUGUGUGACCGGAAUCCGCAAUUCUUGGAAACAAUAAUUACAGGGGAUGAGUCGUGGUGCUAUCAAUACGAUCCGGAGACCAAGCGGCAAUCCAUGGCAUGGUGUUCAACGUCAUCGUCACCCCCUCCCAAAAAAAGUCGUUUGACACAAUCCAGGAUCAAGACGUUGUUGAUCGUCUUUUUCGACAGUAAGGGUUUGAUCCAUCGUGAAUUUGUACCCGCGGCUACAACCGUCAAUGCGGAAUACUACGAGGGGGUUUUGAAACGGCUGCUGCUACGCAUACGCCGGAUUCGGCCACAGUACCGGAAUGGACAGUGGAAUCUGCUCCAUGACAACGCCCGGCCGCACACUGCGAUCCGUGUAACCCAAUUCCUCGACAGGCACCAGGUUCCAGUUUUGGAUCACCCUCCAUAUUCUCCAGAUCUGGCUCCCGCGGACUUCUUCCUGUUUCCCCGCCUCAAAGGAGUUCUGAAAGGCCAACACUUUUCCGACAUUACUGAGAUCCAACAACGUGUGACAACGGUGCUUCGAGCCAUACCGAAAGAAGCGUUUGCAGACAGUUUCCAACAAUUGUACACCCGAUGUCAAAAGUGUAUUGUUGCUAAUGGCGAAUACUUUGAAGGCCAGUAA